UCGAUCGUUUGCUUGCUCCAGUGGUGUUUUGGGUUCUCUUCCAGCUAAGUAUUUUUAUUCUAUUCCUCGUUUUCUUUCCAGUUUCCUUUUAUUUUUAGAAAAUUUCUGUUCUUUUCUGUUCCAUUUCUCGAGGUUAUUUUUGGGCUUUCUUUGAUUUCUUGGUUCCUUAUCCCAACUUUUGAAGGUAAAACCAGAAAGAAGAUCCCAACUCUUCUUGUUGGUUUUGGUUUCUGUGUUGAUCUCGUCCCCGAAAAUCAGAUCUUUCAAGGUUUACAGAAAUCCCCUGUUUCCCUAAUCUCAUCUUUUCUGGUGGAUCUUUUUAUCUGGAUAAAUCUCUGUUCCAAAAAUUGUUCUUUUGGAGUCUCUCUUUCGUUGUGGGGAAACACCCAGCUUCCAAAAUCUGAUCUUGGAUAAGAUUCCAAGCCCCGUGAAGUAUCCACGUUUGAGAUCCCCGGUUCUUGCUGUAUGUUUUGAUUCCUGGUGCUGGCUGCAUUAGUCUUCCAAUAAAAAUCCCUUCUUUGCUCGUAGAAACGGGUCUUCUGUUUAUACUUUAAAGCUCUGUUCUUGAUCUCAAUGUUCUCGGGCUUCAUUCCCUCGAUAGUCUUUCUCUAGCCUAUAUGAAUUUCGCUGCUCUUCGCCGCCGCCUUCGCAUCUGCUUCCUCCAGUCCUACUCUGUAGUGUUCCUCUACUGGUUCUACUUCUUCUCAUGAAAUAGACCUCAUUGUUCGAUCGGUUCAAUUCAAAACAAGCACCAAUUUUCCUCCAAUUUAGCUUCUACUAACUCCAACUUGAUCAAAGAACUCCUUUGAAUGAGAAUGUCUUCAUCGGCCGGCCAGUCUUCCGGUUCCGAAGGCGAUCCUCGGCUCGUGACGGAUGAGAGGAAGAGGAAGAGGAUGCUUUCAAACAGGGAGUCCGCAAGAAGGUCCCGGAUGAGGAAGCAGCAGCAUCUCAAUGAUUUGACAAACCAAGCAGCUCAGCUUAGGAAUGAGAAUGAGCAGGUUGCCAUGCAGGUUAAUUUGAUCACCCAGCAAUACCUUGAGCUGGAGUCAGAGAACUCUGUUUUGAGGGCCCAGAUGAUGGAAUUGACUGAGAGGCUGCAAUCUCUGAAUUCGAUGCUCCAUAUCUUCCAGAAGGUCAGCGGGAUGUCGAUGGACAUACCGGAGAUACCGGACCCGCUCCUGAGGCCAUGGCUGCUCCCUUGCCCUGCCCAGCCUAUCAUGGCCUCUGCAGACUUGUUCCAGUUCUGAAUCAUGAGCUCCUUGAGAGGGGUAGUCUGCUUGGUUUAGACUUCAGGGUUUACUGU